AUGCCGGGUAAGAAGAAGCAUGGAUCUUACGAUAUCAUAUCCGAGGAUCUGUAUGAUUGCCGCAUUCCGCUACACAAUGAGCUCGCCUAUCAACACGGUAUUCACUUCGAGGCUAAGUUCGAACUCUUUGUCAGUGCUUAUUUCUUUUUCCGUGUCCCCACACUUUCUAUACUAUAUCACUAUCCCAGUGAAACUAAUAACAUGGGACUUCGCACCAAUUAUCCAGAAUGUCUUAUGAAAUAUGUAUCAUAUAUUGUUGUAUGUAUUAUGUACAUGCAUACCGAGAGAUGA